CACAAGCUCAUGUACCUGAAUUCAGGAAUUCCCUACAAAACACAAGCAGCCCUUCUCCUCUCCUCUCUAUUUCUGACCAUCUGAUCAUUUGAUCAUAAAUAUGAGUACUGCUGAGGUCGAAAAUGGUCACUCGAGUGGCAAACUUUUGAAUUUUUGUAUCGAAGAUCCGUUGAACUGGGGAACAGCUGCUGAGUCAUUGAAAGGUAGCCAUCUAGAUGAGCUGAAGCGUAUGGUGGAGGAAUUCAGGAAGCCGGUGGUGAAGCUCGGAGGAGAAACCCUGACCAUUUCUCAAGUGGCGGCGAUUGCCUCCCGGGAUAAUGCUGUCAAGGUGGAGCUGGCCGAGGCUGCCCGGGCCGGCGUCAAGGCUAGCAGUGAUUGGGUUAUGGAGAGUAUGAAUAAAGGCACAGAUAGUUAUGGUGUCACAACUGGUUUUGGUGCCACUUCACAUAGGAGGACCAAACAAGGUGGCGCUUUACAGAAGGAACUUAUUAGGUUCUUG